AUGACGUACGAUAAAGAGAACCUAAGCUAUACCAACUCAAUACCAAUUCGUCCUCUUCAAAAUCGGUUGUUAGUCGAAUAUGUAUGGUUGAAAAGUACUAUCCCUUCCCCGGGGCACGACACUAAUCUAUAUUUUGACUUUAUGCUAUCGCCACGUCCCCAACUAUACUUAUCUAAUAAAAGGUCCCGCUCGCCUCAAGACAGGUCGUUAAUAGAGCAUACGUUGGCUAAAGAGCCAUAUUCAUCCCAUGAACCUUGUGCUGUGUAUGAAUGGAUGCAUGUUAUGCCCUACACUCGCAACCCCUGGACUGAACUAGGCCGAAAGAAACCUGGGUUUUUGGUCUUUACUAUCCUUGUUUGUGUGGGAGUAUUAAGCCAGCUUAUCAAUGCCAGCCAAAAACAAAGUGGCAAGCCCCGAAAACGAGGCAUGAAGCGUACUCAUGAAAGUGCCAAUUUACCUAUGGCCAAUCCCAGCCCCAGCACUUCUAACUGUGUUGAUAAUAAGGAUACACAGCCUCACAACUUCGUCAUACCUCUGCUAGAUCGCAAACAAUUAAUUGACACCCUGCGCCGCUGUUGGUUUGAUACUUCGCAGACUGACUCAAGCCGGACACUAUAUAAAAUCAAAAACACUAUGGAUUCGCCCUUUUAUAUCAUCCCGACCCACGAACAAAUAGAAGGAUAUGUGACACCAUUCGGCAUCAUAACGUUUUCUUUCUCUCGCUACACUCUAACCAUUAACCAGUCCGAUUGCCCGCCGGUUAUUGGGUGUAAAAUUGAUAUAAAGAGGACCAACACCGCGCCGCAUGCAAUUUCGUCGAUUGAUACUACCUUAGAGGCACUCUUUGCGGCAAACCCAAAUGCCGGCAACUUUCCAGUGAUCCUCGAGUGGUUAGUGUAUAACGAUAAGGCCAAUCUUACACCUAGUGCUCUUCUGAAGUAUGGAAUGUGUGGUCUAGCAUUCACUAGUGCAACAUUUCUCAUUGUUAAUCCGCCGGGCUCAUUUACAGCGCUUCCUUCCUACCUGGUGAAGAAUCCUCGUACUAACACUCGAGAAUCACCCACUGCCUACUUGAAGUUUAUAAAUAACCACAAGCACCGCUUUUUUAGCAUCACUAUCUUGAUACAUAGUAUUAUGGUUCAGUGCUCGGUCCCGCACCAUCAGGUUUUAAAUGCUGAACAAGGGCACACAAUCCCCGAACCUAAAGAGCAUGGCUCAAACAGAUGCUCAAACUAUACUGGGCAUCUGUAUUGCUUCUUCCAUUCCAAUCUGCGGUUCUUUGGUGUCGUAUGUUUCGAUAAGAACGUGACUAUAAGUCUGUGCCAUGUUAUUCCUGAGUCUUGCUUUCAAAAUAAGCUUGACCUGCCUCGGGUGUUGGAGAAGCUCAUUAUUUAUAUGCCAUACAGUAUCAAUAGUUUACUAACGAAGCUUGUAAGUUUUCCUGUUAAAUCCAUUAUUAUCUGCCAUCCGAGCUUCUUGGAUUUUCUGGUUGCCAUGCAAAUAGUUAUGCCCAUCACUAAUGAAAUGACCACCGCACUGAUCUAUCUCUCAAAAGGCUGCAUUAAUAUCACUUACAAAUCUAACGCCAUAACCAAGAUUCACGCAGAUACAUUUGAGCAGCCCACCGACCUAGAAUCCACCGCCCGUGCAUUUAAAUGGCUUCAGUCGCACGCAAUCACCUUAAAACAACUAAUGAGACAUGACAUAAUCACUCCAAUCCCAGAGGUUAGCUUAAAUAAUCAGGAAAUUCCAGACAAUUGGGCUUAA